CCCAAUGACUCCUAUGAUGUUGUCAACAGCCAAUCAGAGCUUCUGAUCAGCAUGAGAUAAUCAGUGUGACCACAGUGAAUUGAUAAAAUUUCAGCAAGCAAAGAUAACUGAUGUUUAAAUGUGCCUUUGUGGUCUUUCGGUCCAGUGUGGGCGCUGAGAUGGCCAAUGAGAACCACGGCAGCCCCCGGGAGGAAGCAUCCUUGCUGAGUCACUCCCCAGGCACCUCCAAUCAGAGCCAGCCCUCUUCUCCAAAGCCCAUCCGCCUGGCACAGGACCUCCCAGAGGAGCUGGUACAUGCGGGCUGGGAGAAGUGCUGGAGCAGGAGGGAGAACCGGCCCUACUACUUCAACAGAUUCACCAACCAGUCUCUGUGGGAGAUGCCCGUGCUGGGCCAGCAUGACGUUAUUUCGGACCCUUUGGGGCUGAAUGCGACCCCACUGCCCCAAGACUCAAGCUUGGUGGAAACCCCUCCAACUGAGAACAAGUCCCGAAAGCGGCAGCUCUCAGAAGAGCAGCCAAGCGGCAAUGGUGUGAAGAAGCCCAAGAUCGAAAUCCCUGUGACACCCACAGGUCCACCGGUGCCCAGUUCCCCCAGCAUCCCAGGAACCCCAACACUGAAGAUUUGGGGAACAUCCCCUGAAGAUAAACAGCAGGCAGCUCUCCUCCGACCCACUGAGGUGUACUGGGAUCUAGAUAUCCAGACCAACGCUGUCAUCAAGCACCGGGGCCCUUCCGAGGUGCUGCCCCCGCAUCCUGAGGUGGAGCUGCUCCGCUCCCAGCUCAUCCUGAAGCUUCGGCAGCACUACCGGGAGCUGUGCCAGCAGCGAGAAGGCAUUGAGCCCCCUCGGGAAUCUUUCAACCGCUGGAUGCUGGAACGCAAGGUGGUGGACAAAGGCUCUGACCCCAUGUUGCCAAGCAACUGUGAGCCAGUUGUGUCGCCUUCCAUGUUUCGUGAAAUCAUGAAUGACAUUCCCAUCAGGUUAUCCCGAAUCAAGUUCCGGGAGGAAGCUAAGCGCUUGCUUUUUAAAUACGCAGAGGCGGCCAGGCGGCUCAUCGAGUCCAGGAGUGCAUCCCCUGACAGCAGGAAGGUGGUCAAGUGGAACGUGGAGGACACCUUCAGCUGGCUGCGGAAGGACCACUCAGCCUCCAAGGAGGACUACAUGGAUCGCCUGGAACAUCUGCGCAAACAGUGUGGCCCCCAUGUCUCGGCCGCGGCCAAGGACUCUGUGGAAGGCAUCUGCAGUAAGAUCUACCACAUUUCCCUGGAUUACGUCAAACGAAUCCGAGAGAAGCACCUUGCCAUCCUCAAGGAAAACAACAUCCCAGAGGAGGUGGAGGCCCCAGAGGUGGAGCCCCGCCUGGUAUACUGCUACCCAGUACGGCUAGCUGUGCCUGCGCCCCCCAUGCCUACUGUGGAGAUGCACAUAGAGAAUAACGUGGUCUGCAUCCGGUAUAAGGGAGAGAUGGUCAAGGUCAGCCGCAACUACUUCAGUAAGCUGUGGCUCCUUUACCGUUAUAGCUGCAUUGAUGACUCUGCCUUUGAGAAGUUUCUGCCCCGAGUCUGGUGUCUUCUCCGACGGUACCAGAUGAUGUUUGGCGUAGGCCUCUACGAGGGGACAGGCUUGCAGGGAUCGCUGCCAGUGCACGUCUUCGAGGCCCUCCACCGACUCUUCAGUGUCACCUUUGAGUGUUUUGCCUCACCCCUCAACUGCUACUUCCGCCAGUACUGCUCUGCUUUCCCUGACACAGAUGGCUAUUUUGGCUCCCGCGGGCCCUGCCUGGACUUCUCCCCGCUGAGUGGUUCCUUUGAGGCUAACCCUCCAUUCUGCGAGGAGCUCAUGGAUGCCAUGGUCUCUCACUUCGAGGUGGGUAUGCUAUUCUGGGGUGGGGGAUGGCAAGCAAGAUUGCCAGCACCUGGAGGGAAGCCUCUGACAUCCACCCCGUGCCACCUCCCACAGAAACUGCUCGAGAGCUCACCGGAGCCCCUGUCCUUCAUCGUGUUCAUCCCUGAGUGGCGGGAACCCCCAACACCGGCGCUCACCCGCAUGGAGCAGAGCCGCUUCAAACGCCACCAGCUGGUCCUGCCCGCCUUUGAACAUGAGUACCGCAGUGGGUCCCAACACGUCUGCAAGAAGGAAGAAAUGCACUACAAGGUGGUCCACAACACAGCCGUGCUCUUCCUGCAGAACGACCCUGGCUUUGCCAAGUGGGGGCCAACUGCUGAGAAGCUGCAAGAGCUGACCGCCGCCUACCGGCAGUCAGGCCGCAGCCAUGGCUCCAGCUCUUCCUCCUCAUCCUCCUCGGAGGCUAAGGACCGGGACUCAGGCCGAGAGCAGGGCCCUAGCAGAGAGUCUCACCCCACCUAACACAUCUUGCGGGGAGGAGGAGCCCCAGGGUGCUAGCUUGGAUUGGUGGGACUCUGCUCUUGGGCUGCCAAUGACAUAGGAAGAUUAUGGCUCUGCCAAGGCUCCCCCUCCCUGCCCCCCCCCCCCCCCCACUUCUCACCUCAAACUUCAAGUUCCCUGUAAAUAGGCCCCACACCUUCCUACCUUCUGUGCCACCUUGUUUCAUUUGUAAAAGUAAAUAUAGAAACCCUUCAGU